AUGGCGUCGGCUAUCGCUAAUACCGGGUAAAACUGCCCGGAAAAAUCGAAAAAUUUUGAGAAAUUCAGUAAAUUUGCGGGCAAGACGAUUCUGAUCACGGGUGCGUCGCGAGGAAUCGGAAAGGAAAUCGGAUUGAAAUUGGCCAAGGUUUGGGCGGGAAAAUGGGCAUUUUGAAGGGUUUGGAAGCUGGGAUUUCCACGAAAUUCGGAAAAGGGUGAAAAAGAUAACUGAAUUUUGAAUUUUGCGGGGAAAUUUUUUUAAAUAUUUUUCAAAAAAUCAGAAUUUAAUUUUCUAAACUGUUCCGUAAAACUUCAUCUUAUGAUUCCUACAAUUUAUAUUUAAGGGGUCUUUAUUAAUUUUUCCCCCCAUACUUCCAAAACAAGCAAACUUAUGUCAUUUUCGGACAUUUUCUUGUAUAUUCAACAAUUUUUGACCUUUUUUGACCAAAAAGUGAGGUUUUUUCCGCGCAAGAUGACCUAGUCAGGUAAAAAAUAGGCUUUUUCAAAAGAAGAAAUUGAAAUAUAAGCGAUUUUUCGGCUUUGAUUCCAACUUCCAAAUCGUUUUUCCAUAGUUUUUUUUUUGAUUUUCUCAUAGGGACUCUGAAAAAAUUCCGCUUUUUUUCCAUUUUUCUCAUCGAUUUAUUGGUUUUUUGUAGUUUAUAAUCCAUUAUGGACCUGUAAAGCUUGUUGUACUCAUAUUCAAGAUUCUGUAAUUUUAUUUUUUCGUGACUUUCAACCAAUUAUAAAGUCGUCUUUUUCAAGAUAAGCUCACAGUAAUCAUUUUUUCACAAGAUUUCAGUGGUUUUGAUGUUUUUUUUAGGACGGAGCAAAUAUUGUGAUUGCGGCGAAGACGGCCUCGCCUCAUCCGAAACUCCCCGGGACCAUUUACACGGCGGCCGAGGAGAUUGAAAAGGUGGAAGUUCCAAGAGCAAGUUUGACUAAAAAAAAACAUUUUCAGGCCGGUGGAAAGGCCUUGCCCUGCAUCGUCGACGUCCGAGACGAAGCUUCUGUGAAAAGCGCCGUCGAACAUGCCGCUCAGGUAGGAGAAAAUAGUAGGCUUGCCAUUUGCAAACAUGAUCAACGACAAGGUUUUCAAGAUUCCAAGAACUCUUUUGGGGUUUCAGAUCGCAGGAAAAAAGGCAGUUUUAUAAAGUUUCAACAAAAAAAUAGAAGCAAACAUUUUUUUUGAUGGAUGGUACUGUAUAUAUUGGAGUGAUACUUUCAGCUUGCUCAAAAGUUUAUUCUUCGAGUUUUAAUCGAGAAUUGAAAAAGAACUCUUUUUUGCCUUUUUCAGCGUUUUAGAAAAGCUUCUAGACUUUAUAUAUAUAUUCAUUUAUUUAUUUCACUCAAACAGAAACAUACAAAAUCAUAGGCAAAGUCGGAAGGACCCUCCAAGGGUCCAUAAAGGACCAUAUAAAUUUUCCUUUUAGGGUGAUGAAAGCUCCCUUUUUUCUGCCUUUUUGCGCCAUUUUCUCAGCCUAUAUGCACCCUAUUUGCUGCCUCUCCCUUUUUCCACCAUUUUUCGAGCCUUUAAAAUCCCAGUAAAUGAAAGGCUCGGUAAAAUGCCUCUUUUUGCUGCCUCUAUGCGCCCUUUUUUGUGCCUCUCCGUUUUAGCGGCCAUUAUCCACCAUUCCGACUUUGCCCGAGAAAUAGAAAAAGGGACCGCCUUUGCCUCAAAGUUAACGUGACAUCAUCUUGAAGAAAUUCGGCGGCAUCGACAUUUUGGUGAACAACGCCUCGGCGAUCAGCCUCACCAACACGGAGAGCACCGACAUGAAACGAUACGACCUGAUGCAUUCGAUCAACACCCGCGGGACCUACCUCAUGUCAGUUGAGCACGAGAUUUCAGACCCGAAAAAUUCCUUAUUUUGAAGUUGACUUAUUUCCAACAGUAGGAAGUGUCAAAAAAUGUGCUAUACUUAUCUUUUCAGUUUAGAGUGAAUUAUUUAGAAUCUUGAAUUGUUAUCAAAGAAAUUCUUGAACUACCUGGAAGCUUAAAUAAUGAUUUUUUUAGGUAGCUUUUUGAUUUAUUAAAUAUCGAUUUCAUGUUUACGAUUUUCUCAAAUUGAAGGAAAAUCUUCAUUUUUCUGAGUUUUCCGGGACGAAAAUUUUCAAAUUCGGGCACAUAUUCGAAGAUUUUCAAGUUCAAAAACGCAAUUUAAAACUGAUCCGUAGAAAUUUCAAGCAAUGGAAGUUUACACUGCUAAUUCUUAGAGGAAAAGCCUUAUUUUCUCGAUUUUUGAGGUUGAAAAUAUCAAAAUGACAUUGUUGUAUAGUGAAAUAUAUACAACUUUAAUUUACCAUAGUAUCUACUUCAUAACAAAAGUAAAAAAAUUAACCAAACAAAGUAGGAUUCGAUCGCCUAACGCCAUUGCGCAGAAAUUAUACUCGCAUGCUGAGCAGGGUAACCCCGCCGUGCUAACACGGGGUCUCCGCGGGUGCCCCCGUAUUAAACCCGUAUAAGCCCAGCUGAUAGAACUUUUGGCACUUUUUAGCCCAACUGAGACCCCGCUUUAGCCCAGCUGGGUUACCUAUUUUUCUUACACCCGUUGUUCCCCCGUUUUAGCCCAACUGAGACUAAAAUAACCUCAGAAACACGGGUUUAAUACGGGUACACCCGUUGAGACACCUGCUCAGCAUGCGAGAUACUCUGAGGUGACCUGCAUAUCUUAAUAAUGCGCGGCAAUUUAAAAUGGGGUAGAUUCACGGGGUGAAAUCUAGACACUAUAACAGGCAUACACAAAAGUUUAAAGAAAGGCAGCUUUUCUGUUUGAAGUGAGGCCAGGAUUUUCAAAAAGACGAUUUUGAUUGAAUAUUUUGGUGAUUCAUGACUUCAGGAAGUAGUAAUUAUAACUAGCUAUUUUCGAAGAAAAAGCUUUUUCUUGAGAUCUACAGGGAGAAAAUCUGCCUCCUUUACCUGAAGAAGAAUAAAGUUUGAAUGAUUGAGAAAAAAUGAAUGAUUGAGAAAAAACUUCCAGGACAAAAACCUGUCUGCCCUACCUGAAGAAAGGCUCCAACCCGCACGUCCUGAACAUCUCGCCGCCGCUGCUGAUGGAGCCGCGAUGGUUCGGAAACCACGUGGCCUACACGAUGGCCAAGUACGGGAUGAGCAUGUGCGUCCUGGGACAGCACGAGGAGUUCCGCGACUUCGGAAUCGCCGUCAACGCCCUCUGGCCUCUCACCGGCGUCUGGACCGCCGCCAUGGAGAUGCUCAGCAAGGGCUCUGAGGAUGGCUCCAAAGGAAACAGGAAGGUAAUGAAGGAUAGAGUGGUUAGUAGAAGAAACUGAAGUACUCGUAUAGUCUAUUCGGGGUCAACUUGUCACGAUAAUUCUUGGCCUCCGAGCUACAAAUCCUUCGAUACGCGAGGCCUGUCUGUGUGCAUGCGCCUUUAAUAGGACGGAAAUGUUGGGUUGAAUGAAAUCGAAGGCAAGCCUUUUAGAAGGGUUCUGCAGCUCGGAAGGAAAAGAAACCGUGACAACUCUGCGCGCAAUGAGCUUAGAAGUAUCUAGAAAAGGUCCUUGACCGACAUGGAAAGUGUAAAAAGGUGAUGGUUUCAAAAUUUAAGGUACUUUUUUGAGGUUUUAAAAUUUGCGGUACCAGUAGUGGCGAUUCAGAGUUCAUCAAAUGAAAGUACGAAUUUAGCCAUUUAGUAGGGUUAAGGAGGUUCAAAGAUGUCAAAACCUUUUUUUACUUCAAGGAUAGAUUUCCAACUUUGAAGUACCAUACAUUGACUAACAAAAAAAUUAAUUUCACUUUGCGGCUCAGAUUUUUUUUAUAAAAUUACUCAAACGUCUAGAAAAAGCUACUAACUGCGCAAAAAUCUAGUUUUGAGAUAUGAUUUUUCAAAGUGUGAUUCCUUGAUUGUCGAAAUUCAAAAAUAAUCAUCUCAAAAACUAGAAAUUCGCGCAGUGUUGUGCCCGCAGGUGGCCAGUGAAGACGUUGUAGUAGAAGAUUUAUUAGUAACACGAAACUAGACUAUGCUAGCCCCUUUUACAAUAACAAACAAGGUGUUAUAUAGUGCUGAGGGAAGAGAUCCCGAAGAUUAUGGAAUGUUCCAGAAUAAAGGUGGAGUUUAGAUAGUAUUGAGAUUAGAGUAAAAGAUGGAAAAUUCCAGAGUUUUAGAGAUCUGUCCCGAAAGCAUUAGAACAUUCGAGAACAAUGUGGAACCUUCUAGAAGGGAAACCUUUACACAUGAUCCCUAUGACGUAAGGAGACUAGAAAUGUAUGGAAAACUAUAGAACAUUCUAGAAUCAGCUUAAUAUAAGCGUUAUGCUCCAACACGCAGUUAACGAUUAUAUGAGAUUUCUAAGCCUUUAAAGUUGUUUGAGCGGUUUUUUAGAAAGUUAUCCGAAAAUAAUUCUGGAUAUGAAUGAAAGAUCUCCGUUAUAAGAAGACAGCAAAAUAGAAAAUAAAAAUCCUUUCAGCCUGAAAUCAUGGCCGAUGCUGCCUAUGUUCUCCUCUCGAAGAACAGCAAGGAAUACACGGGAAAUUUCGUCAUCGACCAGGAUAUUCUGACCGAAGCCGGCGUCACCGAUUUUAAGCCAUAUGAAUGUGUUCCUGGUGGGUUUAAAAAAGUCCAAAAGGUCCUGAGAAGAAAUUUCUCGAUGAAAAUAUCCUUUAAAUUUUUUCCGAGCACGUUUUUUGGUUUUUAUAAGAAGGUGAAGAAGAAGAAGAUGAAAAAAAGAGGAUAAAAAGAUACUUUUUGAGGUGAGAAGAGGGGCUUUUCCGAACCUUAG